UAACCAGGAAUAAAUAAAAAUGGGUGGAAUUUCACUUUAAAUUUAAAUCAUUUAUUAUUAUCAGGCCGCUGAGUUUGGCCGCUGAGUUUGGCCGUUGAGCUGUGAGUCUAAUCUGGACUCAUUUGGUUGAGAAGGCUGUAAAACCUGCUCUGCUGCUGCUUCUUCACUGCGUCUCUCACCUACACAGGUAUCUCAACACGUCGGUCUGGAGGUGCAGCUCAGUGGAGAGCAGCUCACAGGACGCGUCAGUGUUUAACAGUGUCCUUCAGGAAGUUUCCUCACAGUAUUACAGUGUUAGUGAAGGCGGCGCUCUGCAGCGCACUAACACACAUGAUGGUGUACCAGAUGGUUGCUAAGGUGUUGCUAUGGUAUCCUAGGUGGUUGUUAAGAUGUUGCCAAGCCUGUGCUAUGUUGUCCAGGUCUUUGUCAGGGUUUUGCUAAGCCGUUGCUAUGGUAUCCCAGGUGGUUGCUAAGGUGUUGCUAGGGCAUUCCUUUGCUGUGGAAUCCCAGGUGGUUGCUAAGGUGUUAUUAGGCCAGUGCUAUGCUAUCCCAGGUGGUUGCUAAGUUGUUGCCAGGCCAUUGCUGUAUUAUCCCAGGUGGUUGCUCAGGUGUCGCUAGGCCACUGCAAUGCUAUCCCAGGUGGUUGCUAAGGUGUUGCUAGGCAGUUUCAGUGGCAUCCAGGGGGUUGUUAAGGUAUUGCUAAGCCAUUUUGGUUGCUAAGCUGUUCCUAGACCAUUGCUAUGUUAUCCCGGGUGGUUGCUAUAGUGUUACUAGGCAGUUGCUGUGGUAUUCUAGGUGGUUGCUAAGGACUGUAAUAUGUAAGCAUAAAUGGUGUAAGUAUAAAAUAGUGUAGAGUAGAAAUAGUGAAAUAUACUCAGUAAACAUUGAAUAUGAAGAGCCAUGAGAGGGAAUGUGUAUCUCCGUUUUGGGGCCGACGUUAGAGGAUCUGGCCAAAAACGUGAAUAAAAACAUCAGUAACAUUUCCUACGUCUUCGCUGGCCGCGCGACGGGCUACAUCGGGGGGUCUCUGGUGGGGGGCAUCCUGUUUGACUUCCUUAACCCUCAUCUGCUCCUGGGUUUUGCGAUGUUGCUGACGUCGUUCGGGAUGUUUGCGAUUCCGUUCUGUAAGAAGGCUCUGAUCCUCACCCUCCUGGUGUCCAGUGUGGGUGUGUCCAUGGGCAUCCUCGACACAGGUGGGAACGUGUUGAUCUUGAACACGUGGGGUGACCAGGCCGGACCCCACCUGCAGGCGCUCCACUUCACGUUUGCUGCCGGGGCCUUCGCCUCGCCAAUCAUCGCCAAGCUGCUCUUCGGCCAUGACGACCGGAACACGUCCGUAACAACCGACACUAACGCUACCAACUCCAAGACAGACGCGUCGAUUCUAACCUUCUUCCACAGCAAAGGAACCAUCCUGAUGUCCAUGUGGGCUUACAUCGUCAUCGGCGCCUUCAUCCUGCUGGUGUCGUUUCUCUUCUUCAUCAUGUACUCCCGAAGCUCCGCCUCUUCGAACCAGGCGUCUUCGUCUUCGGGGAAGCAGCUGGUCGCCAAACACCACAAGGCGCUGAUCGUGCUGCUGUCCAUCUUUUUCUUCUGGUACGUCGGCGCCGAGGUGGCAUACGGUUCCUUCAUCUUCAACUACGCCAAGGACUACGUGGGCAUGGAGCAGCCGCAUGCCGCGGGGCUGAACUCGCUCUUCUGGGGGUCGUUCGCCGCAUGCAGGGGUUUAGCCAUCGUGUUUGCGGCCUGCGUGUACCCCGGCACCAUGAUCAUGCUCAGCCUGAUCGGCUGCACCGUAUCGUCUGUGCUGCUGGUUUUAUACAGCCGCCACAAGGUGGCGCUGUGGUCCUGCACGGCUCUUUACGGCGCCUCCAUGGCAACCACCUUCCCCAGCGGGAUCUCCUGGGUGGAGCAGUACACGGAGGUGACCGCAAAGUCCGCGGCGGCGUUCGUCGUCGGCGCGGCUCUCGGGGAGAUGGUACUGCCGGCUUCGCUGGGUUUCCUGUUGGGACACGUGAGGGAUCAGCCGCUGCUGAUGUAUCUGACUCUCGUAACGGCCACCAUCACCUCCAUCCUCUUCCCCGUCAUGUACAAACUGGCGUCACCAGGAGGGGGCGCUGCAGUGAGAAAGCUGAGAGCCAGAGGACGCGGGGACGCAGACGAGAGCGACCGGCAGGCACUGCUCCAUUCUGUCGCCAAUGACGACGAGGAGGCGGAGCCGGAAGAGGACGGCGGCGGCGGCGAAUCGGAAGCUGACCAGUGGAACGACGCGGACUUCGAGGUGAUCGAGAUGGACGACACGAGCCUCGUUAACUCGCCCAGUAAAGUCAGUGCGUCGCCUCCUGACGCUUCGUCCAGCUCCCAGAAUGCUCUGGCUUCCUCAGUCACUGCCCCCGACGCCGCUGGGCUUGUCGCCGUGGGCGACUCCGUCUCUGUCCUGAACGUCUCGCCGAGGCGCAAAUUGAUGCUGGAUCGGGAGAAGAACGAUUAAAGAACGACGUUCUGAUACAGUCUCAAUAAUCAAUACUGGAACCGAUCACGGAACUUGAACAGGUUGGUCUCGGAUAUCCGAUCUGCUAAGGCUGUUUAACCCACUGUGCUGGUGAUAUAAACAGAAUUCAUCCCGAUAUUCAUCCCUUAUCAAAACAUGCCUGCCACCUAGUGGUAGCACAAAGACUUGCGUCUAUAAGCCUGAACUUGCAGUAUAAAUGCGUAUGGACCUCGCACAGUGCUGCCCCCUGCCUUCCCUCAGUGGUACUGCACCUGCAAGCCCUUUUUUUUUGCUUAUUGCAUGAAAGAAAAACAAUCAGCAGUGAUAAAAACUGAUAUCAAGCACUAAAAUGUCGCUU